AUGGAGAACGUUGAUCGUUUGGACACUUCUAACACAAUUGUUUUGAAUGAUACAGAUACAGUUAGAGAGACAGACGGAGAUGAGGAAACUGUCAAUGGUGAAGUAUUUACUAAAGAAAGAUCGUUACAGGGAAAUAUCGCUGAAUAUAGAUGUGAUGUUUGUAGGAAGACAUUCUCUUCUGAACACGAAGUCUUUAAACACAAAGAAAUACACAAUAGUGAAAAACCGUAUAAUUGUGAAAUAUGUGGAAAAUAUUUUGUCGCAAACGAUGUCUUAACAAAACACAAACGGAUACACACUGGCCAUGGUCACACUGGAAAAAAUCCCUAUCAUUGUGAAGUAUGUGAGAAAUCAUUCUCCGACAAUUCUCUUCUUGUUCUUCACAAACAAAGUCACACUGGAGAGAAACCUUUCCAUCAUGAAAUAUUUGGAAAACCAUUCGUUGAUAACAGCGCCUUAAAUGCAAACAAAUUAAAUGACUCUGGACGAAAACUGCUUCACUGUGAAAUAUGUGGGAAAUGUUUCACUCAAAAUUCGACUCUUGUCAUACAUAAACAGAGUCACACCGGUGAAAAACCUUAUCGUUGUGAAAUAUGUGGGGCAUUGUUUGCCUAUAAUAGUAACUUAAAAAUGCACAAAAGAAUACACACAGGAGAGAAACCAUUUGGCUGUGAAAUAUGUGGGAAAUCUUUUGCUUGUAGCAGUGGCCUAACGAGGCAUAAAAGAAUGCAUAAUGGAGAGAAACCUUUCCAUUGUGAAAUAUGUGGAAAAUCUUUUUCUCAGAAUUUUCGUGUUGUAAUUCACAAACGUCGUCACACUGGAGAGAAGCCUUAUCCUUGUGAAAUAUGUGGGACAUCGUUUGUGUCCAACAGUGACUUAACAGUUCACAGAAGAAUACAUACAGGAGAGAAACCAUUUGGCUGUGAAAUAUGUGGGAAAUCUUUUGUAUCCAGCAGUAACUUAACACAACACAAAAGGAUUCACAGAGGAAGGAAACCUUUUAAUUCUAGAAACAACAAGUUGAACCACAAUAGAUUAACUCACAGACGUUUAUCAGUUUUUAAGAAUUGCUCAAGAAAUAAUAUGGAGAACGUUGAUCGUUUGGACACUUCUAACACAAUUGUUUUGAAUGAUACAGAUACAGUUAGAGAGACAGACGGAGAUGAGGAAACUGUCAAUGGUGAAGUAUUUACUAAAGAAAGAUCGUUACAGGGAAAUAUCGCUGAAUAUAGAUGUGAUGUUUGUAGGAAGACAUUCUCUUCUGAACACGAAGUCUUUAAACACAAAGAAGUACACAAUAGGGAAAAAUCGUAUAAUUGUAAAAUAUGUGGAAAAUAUUUUGUCUCAAACGAUGUCUUAACAAAACACAAACGGAUACACACUGGCGCAAGACUGUUUCAUUGUGAGAUAUGUGGAAAAUCAUUUAUCUGCAAAAGUGUACUAACGAUUCACAAAAGAAUCCACACUGGAGAGAAACCGUUCAGUUGUGAAAUAUGUCAGAAAAAUUUUCUCUCUAGCAGUAAUUUAAACAAACAUAAAAGGAUACAUAGCGGAGAGAAACCCUUCAGUUGUGAGAUAUGUGGGAAAUCUUUUAUUACCAAUUCUGAACUUGCAGUACAUACACGUCGUCACACUGGGGAAAAACCAUUCAAGUGUGAAAUAUGUCCGAAAUCAUUUGUUUGUAAAAGUGGGCUAACAUUUCACAAAAGAAUCCAUUCUGGAGAAAGACUAUUUCAUUGUGAAAUAUGUGGGAAAUCGUUUAUAAACAAUCCUGACCUUGCGGUACACACGCGUAGUCACACUGGGGAAAAACCAUUCAAGUGUGAAAUAUGUGGUAAAUCAUUUGCUUCGAAAAGUGUACUAACAACCCACAAAAAAAUCCACACUGGAGAGAAACCGUUUAGUUGUGGGAUAUGUGGGAAAUUAUUUACUACUAAUUCUCAUUUUGCAGUACAUAUUCUUUGUCACACUGGCGAAAAACCAUUCAAGUGUGAAAUAUGUGGUAAAUCAUUUGCUUCGAAAAGUAUACUAACAACCCACAAAAAAAUCCACGUUGGAGAGAAACCCUUCAGUUGUGGGAUAUGUGGGAAAUUAUUUACUACUAAUUCUCAUCUUGCAGUACACACGCGUAGUCACACAGGGGAAAAACUAUUCAAGUGUGAAAUAUGUACAAAAUCAUUUGCCUCUAAAAGUGUACUAAAAAUUCACAAAAGAAUCCAUACUGGAGAGAAACCCUUCAGCUGUGAAAUAUGUGGGAAAUCGUUUACUACUAAUUCUCAUCUUGUAGUACAUACUCUUUGUCACACAGGGGAAAAACCAUUCAAGUGCGAAAUAUGUACGAAAUCAUUUGUUUCUAAAAGUCGGCUAUCUUUUCACAAAAGAAUCCAUUCUGGAGAAUGGCUAUUUCAUUGUGAAAUAUGUGGGAAAUCGUUUAUUAGCAAUUCUCACCUUGCAGUACACACACGUAGUCACACUGGGGAAAAACCAUUCAAGUGUGAAAUAUGUGCGAAAUUAUUUGUCUCUAAAAGUGGACUUGCAGUUCACAAAAGAAUCCACACUGGAGAGAAACCAUUUAGUUGUGAAAUAUGUGGGAAAUCUUUUACAACUAAUUCUCAUCUUACCGUACACACACAUAGUCACACUGGAGAAAAACCAUUCAAGUGUGAAAUAUGUAUAAAAUCAUUUGUUUCUAAAAGUGUACUAACAAUUCACAAAAGAAUCCAUACUGGAGAGAAACCUUUCAGUUGUGAAAUAUGUGGGAAAUCGUUUACUACUAAUUCUCAUCUUGCAGUGCAUACUCUUUGUCACACAGGAAAAACCAUUCAUGUGUGAAAUAUGUGCAAAAU